AUGCGUGAGCUUCUUCUUCCUUUGCUUCUGUCGACUCUUUUCCUCUUCCCCUUCUCUGUCGUUGCCAGCUCAGGAAGUGAAUGUAAUUCUUUUAUGUUGACAUUUGAUGGUAAUGAUGUAAUGGAACAAAGACUAGCUGAGGAGUGGAGAAAUUCCAACUUGGAUUGGAAGCUUGUUUAUGCUUCAACUCUUGAGUUUGGCAAUAAUAGUUUUGGAGGUCUCAUUCCUCCAAGCAUAUGCAAUUUGUUUAAGUUGGAGACCUUGGAUUUGAAGUCUAAUUCUAUCAACGGAUCUAUUCCAUUGGAUAUUGGAAGACUUCAACACCUGAAAGUUUUAUGCAUUUCCAGAAACAUGCUUUUAGGAAGCAUACCUCCAACUAUCUCUAACUUAUCAUCACUUGAACACCUUUCUUUGUCUCUCAACUUCUUAGAAGGACAAAUUCCCAAAGAAAUUAAUAAGCUUACAAAUCUGAAAAAUAUGUACAUGGGUAUGAAUAAGUUGUCAGGGCAAAUACCAAGCAUCGGAAAUUUGUUCAUGCUUGAAAAUUUAUAUCUUGCAAGAAAUAGCCUCCAAGGAAAUAUUCAGAAUGAAAUAAGCAAUCUUACAAAUUUGAGUUGCAUUUACGUAAGUGCUAAUCAGUUGUCUGGUCAUAUACCAAGAGGCAUUGGCAAGUUUACUCGGCUUCAAGAGUUAUUUCUGGACAACAAUAACUUAGAAGGAUCAAUACCUAUGAAAAUUGGUAAUCUUCAACAGCUUGAGAUUUUACAAUUGUCUCAAAAGAAAUUGAGAGGGUUUCUUCCAUCAGAAAUUCUCAACAUGUCAACUUUGGAGGUCUUGUCUCUCUCAAACAAUUCUCUAUCAGGAAGUCUUCCAUCAAAUUUUGGAUUUGGUCUUUCUAAUCUACAAAUGCUUUAUUUAUGGGGCAAUAAACUUUCUCAAAAAAUCCCAAAUACUAUAUCCAAUGCUUCUAAGCUAACCACUCUAGAAUUGGAAGACAAUAAUUUUAAAGGGGUUUUACCAAACACACUUGGGCAUUUAAGAUACUUAGAAACCCUUUCAGUAAGUGAUAAUAAUUUUACCAGUAUAGAUACUUCCAAUUCUGAAAUUGGCUUUUUCAACUCAUUGUCAAAUUGUAGACAUUUGAACAGUUUGAUUCUCUCAAUGAAUCCAUUGCAUAUGAAACUUCCCAAGUCCAUUGAAAACUUGUCUAAUUCUCUACAGGUGCUACUUGUAGACUCAUGUAGGAUUAAUGGUAACAUACCAUCAGAAAUUGGGAAUUUGUCUAACUUAUUCCAACUAUCAUUGGCUGAAAAUUUUCAAAUGGAUCAAUAUCAAAAGCAAUUAGCAACAUACAAGCUCCUCAAGAUUUGA